AUGUUCGCCGACGGCCUCUGGGCGGGCGUCGAGCUAGCGCGGCCCAUCGGCAAGAACGACGGCUCGGUCGGCGGCCGACGCUACUUCUUCUGCCAGCGCGGCCACGGCCUGUUCGCUCCCGCCGAGAUGGUGGAGCGGUUCGACCCUUCGCCGCCUGUGCCGACGGCGACGCCGGCUCCGGUGCCGACCGACGCGGGUGAGCGGCUGACCAACGUCAGCGACGGCGUCGACGACGAGCUGCUGCAGGACAUCGAGCUGGACGAGGUCUCGUUCGGCAUCCUCACGCCCGACCAGAUGGAGGUGGACACGCAGCUGAUGCUCCGCUCCGAAGACCUGAGCCGCUCGCUGGACAUGCUUGCCAGCCCGAGCGCUGUGCCACCCUCGCCCGCCGACCUGAACCACACGUUCGUUGUGGAGGCGGAGCAGGCGGCGGCACGGCGCGGCCGCGGCUCACCCGCCGGGGACGAGGCGCGCCUCGUGAGGAUGGCGUCCGACUCCGGCGGCGCGCUGAACAUCACGGUCACCCUCAAUACCGAGCCCGACUGGGAGGACGAGUUCGCGGCGCUGUCGGCGCCCGAGCUUCCUGCUCAGGAGAAGCUUCCUGCUCAGGAGACCGAGAGGCCCGAGAGGCCCGAGCAGGGGCACCCCAGUCGGCAGCGCACAGAAACGGCCGAGGCGGCCGAGGCGGCCGCCGACGCCACCUUCUCCCUCACAGACGGAGAUGGCGCGCUACUGCAGCUGGAGCCGCAGGAGGACCAGCCGCUGCUGGAGAAGCGGGCGUCGCAGGAGCGCGAGCAGCUGCCCGGGGAGGGCCGGGAGCCGGUCGAGCAGCCGAAGCCGGAGGAGCCCGAGGAGCAGCAGGAGGUGGCGGAUGAAAAGGAGCAGAGGAAGGACGCGACCGGGCCGGACCGCAAGUCGGUGGUGUUCAGCGAGCCCGAGACGCAGCGGCCAGACCCGGCCACUAGCUGCGCCAUCUCCACCACCAGCAUCGACGGCGGCUACCAGGGCGACAGCGAGUUUGACACAGGCACGCCAAGCGAGGACCCGGCGCGGCCGCCGCCCCGGCUGGACGUACUCACCGACUCGGACUUCUGCAGCGAGGGCGCCGCCGGCACCGAGAGCGAGGCCGAGCACCGGCUCACCGACGACAUGGAGUCAAGCGGCGUCUACUCGGACGCCGAGUCGCGCCGCUCGGCCGAGCCCGACCGCGAGCCGAUCGAGGCGAUCGCGGAGACGGAGGAGACCACGCUGUCGCCGGUGCUGGAGACUCCGGCCGAGGAGCAGUCGUCGCCGGCCGGCGCCGCCGCCCCCGCUCUGCCUGCCUCGCCCACGCCGUCCGGCGCGGCGGCGGCGCCGGAGCAGCCCGUCGCCCGCCGCCGCCGCGACCCCAUCCCCAGCCACGUGGUGCGCGCGCGCGAGCUGCCCGUCAAAAAGGACCCGAUCAAGAUGAACCACCCUCUGCCGCGCCGGAACGUACAGAGCAAGCUGCGCUCCAUGCUGGAGGCACCGACGCCGGCGCCCGAGGGGCGGCGCCAGCAGCGCGCGCAGCCCAAGGGUCGCUGGGACGCGGUCAUGAGCCGCAUCGAGCAGAACAAGAACGAGGAAAAGACGCGACCGCGGCGCGAGGUCAAGAGUCGGCUGUACGAGGGCGUGACGCCCGCGAAGGGCACGCAGAACGGCUCCCGACGCAGCCUCGUCAGUGGACGGAACUCCAGAACGGGCUCCACACACACGCUGACAGGCAGCAGGACAAGCCUACGGCCGGCCGGCUCCCGCUCGGUGUCGCCGACCUUGAGCGAGGUCAGCUCGGCCUCGUCGACCUCGGCCAGGUCGCACGGCUCCAUGAACUCGGCCGACUCGUCCUCGAAAGCGCCCCGCCCGGCCCGCUCCGGGUCCAUACCCUCGCUCGGUCCCGAGAAGGCCGGCUCCGCUCCGUCUACGGCUCGUAGCGGCAGCAAGCAGCCGGCCGCCGUCUCCAGGCCAGUUCCGACGACGGCCGCCAGGGCGGCGCUGGACACGCCGGCGCGCCGCCACCCGGGCGUUCUCGCCAAUAAGACCAACCUCGCCAGCAACCACAGCCAAGGAACGAAAACGACCAAACCUCCCACGAGGACACCGAAUAGCUCACGAUCUCAGAACAAAGUACAAAGCAAAACUGCUACCAAAGGUGAGUGGCCGCCCCCGGCGCCCCGGGCCUCCUAG